CGACCGGGAACGUGCUAGAUUAUGGGUGGAAAGUUCAUUUCCUACAAGUCCUAUCGUCUAAAAGCACCAUACCUACGUUGACCAUCUUAGCAAAACUGCUCUUUUCAGUUUCAACUCUUCCCGCUUGAACGUGAAAGAGGUUUGAGUAUAAAAUAACGGGGACAUCAGUAUCACUUGCAAGGGGCGGAGAAGGAAUAGAUAUGCCAGAUCAUGCUUAUUUAGAGAAUAGUCCAAACGGAACUUACGACUACUUCUAACUAGAGCGGAUGCUGAGCAAGCGCGUGGUGUCACGGAGACCGGCAAGGUGAAUGAUGCUGCUCUCUUCGAGGCUUUCCUGUACGAAAGCGUCGCCAGCGUGAAAGCCCGCGUCACUGCGCUCUACCGGACGACCUAUAAACUGAACCAGUGGGUGAAGACACCCGCAUCAGCAGUGGUGCCGAAAGAAGAAGCAGUAGGAAAGGAGCCUGCUUUGCUGCAGUUAGGAACGAUUACAUCCAGCAAGAAAUCAGGUAAAAAAUCAAAAUGCUGUAAGAACAAUGCAUGGAUGCCGAUGGUUUUUUGUCGUGCCUUCACCUUUUUGUUGUGUGCUUCAUGGCAGGCGAGUUAGUCCCUAGGCGCAAUAUGUCCAUCAUGAUGAUGUUAGAUAUGUUUUCGUGUUCUACUUUUCCAAACCAGGAGGAGCUGCGGAGGCGCGUCCCAGCACAGAGGAGGACCUUGUACAGCCCUACUCGCACCUCUUGUUUUAUCUCGAGCAACUGGGUGAGUGUGGCUUGGUCCGCGG